UAUCCCUAACAUUGGUUUCAUCAACUCGGAGGUUUUACUACAAUCUAUCCAGCUCUUUUUCGCGUAUUCAUGUGGACGUGUCAAUUUUGUUUUCCAUUUUUCUUCUACACUUCCUGGCUUCCAUCCCUUCCUCCUCCCGUCUUUCUCUCUCACCUCCUACGCCCUUGUUCGGCUCCUCCCUCUUUCACUCUCCCUUUUACCUCAUUUUUUCCCCCUUCCGACCCUCUCUUUCUCACCUACACUGUCUUUUUUUCACCUUUCUUAAUCCCUCUCUUCAUCUUCCUGGACAUUUCCCCGCUUCCAGCUCUUUCUCUCUCUCUCUCCUCCCUUCACACUUUCCUUGCAUCCUUCCUUUCCACCCCCUCCAUCCUUCUUCUCUUCUGUUUCUAAUGAGGGCCUGUUCUGCAGUCAUAAUCAGAGCAGAGGUUGGGUGAUGCGUCUCACGCGCGUUCACUCCACCGCCUGUCAUCCGAUCUACGGGGCAACGUUUCCCCAGCGACAACCAUGCGUGUUGUUAUGGGGACACUUUUCAGCACGACGGCUUUGAUCGCAGCCUCUCUCUCCCCGGGGACGUGAACUCACAUCACUGGGCCCAUCAGCUGCAGAUAAACACCGCUUGAACAUCUGAGAGUUUCAAACUUCUUCAACUCUCCCCCACAGACGCCGCUCGGCGGUGUUUAGAUUACCUCCAGGCAAGUGUAAGUGAGUGGCCGUUUGUGUUGGAUGAGGAUGGCUCUCUCCUGGUAUCUCUGCCUGGCCAUGGCCAUGGCCCUCUUUUCUGGUCCCGGCACCAUCCAUGCCCUGGCACCUGAAAAUGAAGUGACAUUACACCCCACAACAUGGCUGAGUGAAAACAGGGUCACACCUGUACAUCUGCCUAAAGGACGCACUCGCAGACUGUAUUUCACGCUAAAGAAGAAAGCCGAUUUGCUGUCCGUUACUGUGAGCCCCUGUGCAGUGCCCAUCGAAUGGAGCUUGGCUGUUCGGACCCUGAAGGAUAAACCGCCUAAGAAAGCACACUGGAGCUCGAAGAAGAGCAUGCCAGAGGUUUGGUGGAGAGGUUCUGGAAGAGAAGUUAGGAUUUACACCUACACCGGCAAUGCUGUAGACACCUUCACCGGUCCUGCCUACGCUGUGGCGUCCAUCUACAUCCUGCGGCUGAAAUCAAACGAACAGGACACGCAGGUGUCGGCGUACCUCCAUGAAGGUCCUGGUCCCUCGGGGGCUUUCCCGGAGCUGCCGUCAGACCCCAGAGUGCACACGCUGGGGGUAGGCAUGACCAGUGUCACCUUAAACUGGGCUCCGAGUUCCUCUGUAGUUGUUAAAGAUGGUCACCGGCCACAUCACGAAUAUUGUGUCUUAGUCAACCACAAACACAACUAUAGAAGUCUUUGCGCUGCUCGUGAGGGAAUCCGAAAGGAGAUACAGAAUGUGCAGAAGAGACAGAGGAGGGACAAACAAAGCAAGGAGAUUGUGUGGGCAACGCUUAAAGACUGGUGGUGGCGGCAGCCGGAUGCCCUCGAGAAUCGUGAAUCUUCCACAACUGACAAGUUUGAGGACCCUGGAUGUGUGUGCAGGGACAUCGAAAGCGUUUGCACGGUUUCAGACCUGCUUCCGGAUACGCAGUACUACUUUGACGUCUUUGUAGUGGACAGGGUUAAUGGCACGAGUGUGGCCUACACCGGCACUUUCGCCCGCACGCAUGAGGAGGCUCGCCCUGCUGUCACAUCCUUACGGGAAGGCCAGGUCAAAUGGGUCACCCUGAGCAGGGACGCAAGCAGUCUCCAGGGGGAUCAGUUCCGAUUUAAACCUCGUGGGUGGCAACAAAAUGGCCUACUUACCUUGCACACUUGCAACAGCACUAGUAAAGUCAAGGUCACCGUCUCCAGUAAAGGAAGAACUUUGACAUCUCAAGAGGUGGGAGAUCAGCUUGCCCAGCUAUGGUUGCACGGUGCCCCAUCGUACCUCAUCCAGCUCCAGGCCUUGGCUCUAGGUUCUUCAUCGACGAUCCCUAAAGGCAAUUCCAGCAAGUCCAAGUUCUGUCUCAAAAUGCAAGCGUCAUCAGCGUACCACCGCCGAGCCGUGCCAGUGUUUCCCGCCACACUACAGAUUAAGUCCUUCAACAAGUUGCGGACAUGCAACUCUGUCACUCUGGCCUGGAUUGGGACCGAAGAGCGGAGUCUCUAUUGUGUUUAUCGGAGGCAGAUCCCACUUGGCAGCAAGCAAACCUCGACGGAUCGUUGCAUCGACCCAGAAUCCCGUCCUGCAAAUGAAAGAGUCCUCUGUAAGUAUUUCCAGGAGUUGAACCCACGUCGGGCUGUCACGACAGCGGUGAUCGGUGAACUGGAACCAGGGAUGCUGUAUGUGUUCGACGUUUAUCUUAUGAGACGCUGGGGCCUUCCAAUUAAGUACCACAGCAAGACGGUGAGAACCAGAAGUGAAUGCUGAGUGGACAUCUCAGAAUCUUGCUCUCAGUGGAGAAGGACUCAGUGGAGAGACAUUACGCCACAGGGAAGCCAAUGUAAGGCCAGAGAGGGAACUAUGGGGGGCCUUGAUCUGGUGCAGUGGAGGUCAAAUGUGACCACUGAAAGACACAAACACACAUAAUAAUGCCAACACACAGACACACAAAAUACCAAGAGAGGUGAGACCAAGCUCACACCAGCAAAAACUAAUUUACUUUACGAUACUCCCGUAUUAAUGUUUGUGUUGUUGUUGUGUAUGAUGCCGUCUCUGUUAUUAAUUAUACAAUAUUGAGUGUCUGAACAACAGAAACUCUCUCAUCGCUUCCACAAAAGAGGACCAUGCCAAAAUAUGCAAGAGAAACAGCCGGAGGGCUUUGCGCACCAGUGCUAACCAGAGCUGUAUCAGAUCUCUCAAUCUGCCACCAGUAUCAGAGAAAGACACCAAGCGAGAGAGGGUCGAGAGAGAAGUCAGUGUGUUGAUUAUGCUCUGCUAAAGCAUGCAGCAGGGAAAAACGAGUUAGCAGUUCGCUUCGCUGUCUGUGAUGUGAUUGUUGUGCUGCGCUUCUGCGUACUAAUAAAACACAGUUACCAACCAGA